ACCAAAAAAAAAAAAAAAAAAAGAUGUUGAAUUUAGAUCCGAUUCAUCAGCUUCAUUGUUAAUUUCCUCUACCAGCAAUUCCGUCUUACCCCUCGAAUGUGGUGGAUCAUUAACAGAAACAAAAAAGAAAAAGAAAAAAAUAUCUGUUGUGGAAGAUUGACAAUUUGUUGGAUCAUCUGCUGCAUCAAAAAAUUUUAAAUACAUCCAAUCUGCAUGAUUUGUAGAGAUCAACCGAUUCUUUUCCAACCAUAAUUCCUCUCUUCAUCCAUCCAAACAUUUCCUACGCUUUUUCAUUCUUUUGUUUUUUUAAUUUUGGAGGGAAAAUUGAGAUGAACUGUAAAGCUCCGGCCGUGAAAUUGGACGACGAGCAGUUGGCAGAGCUGCGGGAGAUAUUCCGAUCAUUCGACCGGAACAAUGACGGUAGCCUGACGGAGCUGGAGCUCGGCUCGCUGCUGCGGUCGCUCGGUUUGAAGCCGAGCCCCGAUCAGAUCGACGCGCUGAUCCAUAAGGCCGACACCAACAGCAACGGAUUGGUCGAGUUCUCGGAGUUCGUGUCGCUGGUGGCGCCGGAGCUCCUGCCGUCGAAGUCGCCUUACACGGAGGAGCAGCUCAGGCACCUCUUCGAGAUGUUUGAUCGGGACGGCAACGGUUACAUCACGGCGGCGGAGCUGGCGCACUCCAUGGCCAAGCUCGGCCACGCCCUGACUGCGGAAGAGCUCACCGGGAUGAUCAGGGAGGCCGACACCGACGGCGACGGCAGGAUCAAUUUUCAGGAGUUCUCGCAAGCGAUCACCUCUGCCGCCUUUGACAAUUCUUGGGCUUGAUUAUUCCAUUUUCUCUCGUACAGGAAUUCCAACUUGGUAGAUUCUUGUUGGUGGUAGUCUUUUAUUUCAUUUUGGGUGGCAGAGAUGGGCAACUGGUUUGAGACAGUAAUUGUAAGUAGAAUUUGUUUCCCUUAAAGUUUUGUACUCCAGUAUAAUAUAUGCAUCUGCAGCCCCUUGCAGAAUAAUGGACAAAGGUUGUGCUAAUGCAUACUAGUUACUAGUACUUAUGAUUAGUAUGGAAAGUGGUUAAAGCACCGUUGUAGCUUCAUUAUGUUGUGAAAGAGUCGAACGUGGUUAUAACUGCGGACGAGCUAAGCCAAAAAUUAGAAAAUGAAUAACCUGGUUGUCCAUCUUGGCUGUGCAGGGCAUAAUGAAGACCGACGAAUUCUAAUUUAGACCUUUGUGCACACGUGUAGUUGAAUCUAGCAUUAGCUUUUGUAAAACUGAUUUGCGUAAAUUUUAUACUUCAAUCUGGCUUUAGC